ACCUCCCUUAAUACACGUUUCACACAACACUGUACUGCUUGUCAUGGAUCAAAUACACAUAGUUUUGCAGUACUCGGUGUGGGGGAGGUGAAGUCUAGCAGCCACGGCACCGUCUACAACUUGCAGUCACAAGGGAGUGUGGUGUUGCUUGGGAGAGGUGAGAGUAUCCAGCAGUUUCAGUGUGGCAGCCAGGUAUGGCGUGUCCUCUGUCCUGUUACUGCGGCCUCAUGUGUCGCUGUGGAUGCAUCCCCUCGCCAGAAGUGCCCUCUAUGACAUCUGGGGGGUCGCUGGCCAGAGACACACACCGCAGUCAUACUGUCUACAUUCUCCUGUUAGGGGCAGCAGAGACUGGCAAGUCCACUAUUAUGCGACAAAUGAAAAUUAUUGACAGUGGCGGUAUGUCCCCAGCCUCUCUACGGUCCUACACUCGGCACGUGCUGGAUAAUGUUCUCACAUGCGUUACACGACUAAUAGCAGCUGUACAUGAAGCUGCCGUGCCUUGGGGCACACCUGAAGCUGCGCAUGCCGCCCAUACACUAGCAGUAGUAACGCCCACAGACUGGGGCUUGUUAGAUGAUGAUGUAAAACCAGCACUGCUGCCCCAGGAUCAUGCACACCUCAUGCGAGUCCUGUGGGAGGACACGGCAGCCCAGGAGUGCUGGCUACGCGCCAACGAGUUUAAUUUGCCAGACAGCACAGCCUACUACCUGUCAGCUACUGAGCGACUGGCGCAGCAGCCAUACUUGCCCACACAAGAGGAUGUACUCCAGCUCCGCAUCCCCACCCGCGCAGCCACUGUCUAUGACUUCCACGACAGAAACUGGACCUUUAGGAUAACAGACGUCGGCGGCCAACGCGGGGAGAGGCGGAGAUGGUUGCGCCUAUUUGAUGAAGUCAACGCAAUAAUUUUCCUGGCGGCUUUGAGCGAAUAUGAUCAGACGUGGAGUCAGGAGGAAGAAGAUGGCAUGAAUAGACUUGAACUGUCAUUACAGCUCUUCCGCGAGACGCUCAACUACCCUGGCUUCUCCAAGACCAGCAUGAUCUUGUUCCUAAACAAGACUGAUGUGCUUCAGAAGAAGAUAAAUAGGUCGGACCUGAGCAAGUACUUCCCAGAUUACACUGGUCCCAGAGGAGACGCGCGUAGUGCUACAGAUUACAUUCGCAAUCGCUUUGUGACCUUUGCCAAGACUAGAGACAAUUUCUUCUCCCACGAGACCUGUGCUACAGACACCAACAAGACCAGGUUUGUCUUUGCUGCCGUAAGAGAGAGUAUUUUGUGGGACAAUAUCAGACUUUUCAUGGACCCGUUCCAAACUUGACGUUUGAUGGUCCUGAGACAGCGAACUAGUCUAAGCAAAUACCAUCAUGGAUCUAACUGGUUUUUAUGCAAUGGUUGCUACCCAUUGCCUUAUAGGACCUCGAUACUAGAGUCACAAAAGGUUAAAGUACAAGUUAAUUUAUAUGGUGAUGUGAGUGAUGUCUAGCUUGUAGUGAGACAUGAAGGUUAGUGAAAAAUAUCAAGAAUGACUUCAUAGCGAGAAGUGAUGGCUGUCGUACAAAAAAAAAUCAUGUAAAUUGUUGUAAUAAGUGAAGCAGUGUUUAAAAUGGAAUAUCCAGGUAUAUGUAGAAAGUAGUAGUUGUGAAGUUCCCUUGAGAUGUUAUAUUCAUGAGUAAUGUUGGUUUUACAAAAAUAUUUGAAGUUUUGUACAUUACCUCACUGAUUUCACUAUAAAACGAAUUAGCUGUUAAAUAUUUCCUUUAUUUCGUAUGUUCUGAAUGGUUACACUUACCAUUUAUUUUGUAUUAUCAAUGAUAAAUAUGGUGCCUUUUGUAUGUAACUCUUUUAUACACAAAAUCCAGAUACUCAUUGUAUCUGAAAAUUACUGUGACAGACAGAUUUUGUCUUACUAUGUCAGCAGCUCAUGACCACCAUUAUUCCAGGUCAUUGAUAUGUUGGAGAUUAUCUGCAGCCAUAUAUACGUUUUCUCUAAUUGUUUAAUUAAGCCUUUUAAUGUCUUUCGUGCUCUAAAUAGGCCUAGGCGGUAAAACAAGCCGUAUAGCACUCUUUCAUGUUUUAUACAUUAAUAUAUCUAUCUCGGUAUUCACACUAUAUAUUUUCACGAAAACUGACAUAUCAACUUCACCUAAAAUUAAUAUAUAAUUUUAAUCCUCCUCAGCCUAAAUUUAGUAUUUAACAUCAAUGAAAUAUUUUAAUUUCGCGAUGAAUUUAUUCUGGCAAAAUGAUCUUUGUUUUUAAGCCAUUGUUAUAUAUUUUGUCUGGCGGAGAAGCCAAUUAUUUCAGUCUCGUAACUAACCAUAUUGGGAAUUUUGAUAUAUCGUAGGAAUAUUCCGAUAUUAUUAUUAUAAUCAAAAAAGAAGCACUAAGCCACAAGGACUAUACAGAAUAUUCCGAUAAAACAGGCUUGUAGCCGAUUAUAAAAUUGAGGUAUGUUAUCCGGAGAGUGUAAAUAGUUUUGAAAAGGUAUUAAAGUGAGUGCCAGAGAGAGUAUGCAAAUGUCAAUGGCCUGCUGGAGGUGAGAAAUGUUACGGCACUAGAGGUAUAAAUGUCAAAGAUUGUAACACUGGAUCUAAAUGUCUAGUUGAUAAGACACGUGUGCAACGGUUAAGUAACUUAUUCCGAAACGUUUCGCCUACACAGUAGGCUUCUUCAGCCGAGUACAGAGGUAGCAGAAACAGUAAAGGUGUAACGACGAUGUAAUCAAUCACCCUGAAGGCUAUAUAUUGUAUACCAUUAUCAUAUUCAUUAAAUGUCUAGGUUUUGGGUGUGGGGAAGGAGAAGAGGGAUGUUCUUAUAUCUUGAAAACUUGCUUGAUACACUUCAGGCGAGGUACUGACAGGGAGAGCUUAAUGGCUGCCUCCAUAGUUUCCUUAAGGAAUUAUAACCUAUGAUAACCUAACAAAGCAACAAAAUGUGAUUUAUUUUUCUUCCGGGUGUUCUAGGAUGCAAAUUACAGCAGUUGACUAACUCCUAAGUACUUACUUAAUAGUAGAUGAAUUGGGACAGCAGAUUUAAGGAUUAUAAAAAAAAGAAGCGCUAAACCACAAGGGAGCAGAUUUAAGGAGACUUGGCAAAAUGCUUUCACUGACUACAGGUUUACCAAGGUCUGUGGGGACCAACACCGGUUUAUGUAAUAUAUACAGGUAAAGCUACAGUAGAAUAUUCAUGUCAUUUUUGUGAUUAAGACCAGUGUCAGGGAACAUUUAUCCAGUUGCCUGACGAAAGAUAACCUACUAGACAAACAAGCCAAUUACACUAUGACAAUGACCUUAUAAUCAAUUGAAACAUAAAUUAUCAUUAAUAUAGUUUUACUAAGCUCUGUCCUAUUUCCGGUCUUAUUUACAACUGACCUUGGUCAAGAAAAGUGCUAGUACUGGUUAGCAGAUUUCCGAGUAGGCUGCUGACCUUCCUAAAGUUUGGUAGCAUUAAUCUAGCCGUCAUUACUACAGUAGUAGGCUAUUGCAGCUUUAGUGGAAGGCCUCGUUAGAUGACCAAAUGCUCCAGCUGUGGGUCAUCACAUGACUAAGACUCGGGUCAGGAAACACUUGUCCUGUUUCCUGACAAACCUUACCUAACCUACUGCAGCUGCUGGCUUCUACAAAAUACUGACGACUCAGUGUACUCACCCUCACAGGACGUCCAGAAUUGAGUGAUCCCUUGAGGCUCAACCUUAGGACUUGUCCUGCCACAAUCCAGUAUCAGGCAGAUGUUAUUCUUAUUCAUGAGUUGUACUGCUGCACGAGACCUCAUCAUUAUCAUCUUCACGAUGACUGCCUCGCCUGUGUGUUUUUUGCUUCUGCCCAGCUUUUGGAUAGGCUUUAUUUUUCCGUUUGUCAAUAUUGCCCAGUUUUUUGGUUGUUUGAAAGAAGUGGGUUAACACCUUCACUGUUUUCUGCUUUAUAUGCAGUGGGAAGAUUCCACCUCAAAAAAAAAAAAAAAAAAAAAAAAAAAAGUUUUCAAUGUUAUAAGGCAUUUUCAAUUAGGGUGGCAUACAAUUACAGUUAUUAUACUUGUACAGUGCCACCCAUUACUGACCUCUAUAGUGCAAGUAUCAAAGAUACAGCAGUCAUUAAUACUACUGCAGGUGCUGUGCAUGACCUCUACAGUUUUUGCUACUACAGUAGUGGAGAGGGUCACAUUGACUAUUGGGUUAUCAUAGGCUAAAUUCUGCACAAAGUUAAAAUUUAAAAUUAUGUAAGAGGCACAGAUAAAAACUUACUGUAUUUAUCAAUAUUAGCAACAGUGCAGCAUGUGAUACCAGGAAGAGACGCUCUUUAGGUGAUGAUAAAUUAGACACUAGAAACACUUGGGUAUCAUUGUGAAAAUGUCUUGCCACACACUGGCUUGCUCAGUCUAAUAGAGAGAAGAAUGGUUGCAGAUCAGUAGUAGUUUGAAGUAAUCAGUCCCUCAGCCUGGAGUUAAUAUAAUCAGUCCAUCAAUCCUGAUAAGAUUGAUGAACUGAUUGCAUCAGCUCCAGGCUGAGGGACUGAUUGCCUCAAACUCCUGAUCAUCAAUCAUUCUUCUCUAUAUUGGACUGAGGAAGCCAGUGUGUGGCAAAAUGCUUUCAUAAUAAAGAUACCUAAGUGUUGCACAUGUGUCUAAUUUACCAACCUGUCAGUUCUCUCAACCAUUUAUCUGCACGAUAGAUGAUCUACCCAGAGUCAAUUUCGAGUCAUUGCCCCCGCGACCAGUUCCCUACCAAGCCUCGUUCAUUUUAAAUGAUAUCAAAUGAUGGUAAUGUUAGAUGAACACAUACUAGUUCAUGACUUGAUGAAGAUAAUGUUAGUAGAUAACACUGACAGUGUUAGAUAAAACUAGUUGAUAAUUUAGAUGAUGUUAGUUGAUGUCACAGCUAAGUUAGAGCAGUGUUAGCAAAUGAGGCUAUUAGUUAUGGCUGCUAGUGGAUGGUACUAGUUCAUGGCUGACCUGAAGGCAUAAUCUUACAAGUUUAUUAAUAAUUUAGCACAAAUAACAGCAAUCAUAAUAGAUAUCUAUCAGAUAACUUAUUAUUCAUAUAUUCUCAUCUUUGAUAACUUUUUUGAUACAAGGCAGCUGAUACCACACGAUAUUCUUUUGUUUUAAUUAUAUAUUUCAGUUCCUCAUUUACAAUAUGGUUGAUUUUUUACGAACCAUCGAAUUUACGAAUUUUACCUACAAGGCUGUUUUUAUUGUAAUUCUUAUUUUUCUCUUUAUUUUGGGAAGUUUCUCUAAUAACAAUAAUAUAGAAUAAUUAGUAGUAGUAAUAAUAAUAAGUUACAUGGUGUUGCUCUUUGAUUUUAAGUAGAUUUUUGAGUAGUAACAAAUUGUAUGGAGAAGUGCCAAACCCAGAAGGGUUAUACAAAGCUUAGACAAUGGUUUAACCCUUAAACUGUCCAAACAUAGAUCUACAUUUUUUCAACAUUUGAAAGUAUGUAAAAAAAGUAGAUCUUUUCUUUUUUUUACAUUUGAAAACAUGUAAAAAAAACUUUGAUCUACGUUUUUUUGUUAUAUUUGAAAAUAUGUAAAAAAAACGUAGAUCUACUUUUGGAGCACUACGAAUGUGAACAUAGAUCUGCUUGGACAGUUUAAGGGUUAAAUAAUCAAGAAUUUGCCCUCUCCAGAGGACAAAAAUCAAGUAUGAAACAAAUAUUACGAACAAUCACUUUUUAAAUCAUUGUACAAGUAGACACUUUAUUUAAAUGUAAUAAUAAUAUCUAAGCUCUAAACUUGAAAGGGUUAUUUAAAUGUAAAUAUUGUUAAAUUUACAUUUUUAUUUUUCACUGUAAAUAGCACUUAAUGUACCGUAUAUUACUUACUAUUACUACUAUAUUAUCAUUCACGGGGAGCUCUCAACCCGUAUGGGUGAUGAAUGAUAUCCAGGCUUGAUUCAAAGAACUAGAACAGGGUUCAGUUUCUUAGAUCAAGAGCCCCUCAACAGCAUCAAGGAACCUUCCUUGAUGGAGGGUGUAUAGUGUAAAUAUUGGUGAAUACGUACAUAUAUUUUAUUAGUGCAAUAUUAAUGGUUCAAAUUGGUAGCUAACAACACUGUGAUAAAUUCCAGUAGAAAUAAAUGAGGGAGCGGUAAAGCUGUAGGAGUUAUACAACACCUGGAGGGAAUGGUAGACAAGCAGGUUCAAUCCAAGGAGAGGGAGGAUACAUCCAGUUACUUGGGUCAAGAAUGUCUAAUAACAGAAAAAGUGUAUACCAGUGGUAAAUAACUGUGUAGCAGUGGUAUUAUACUGACAAGCAUGUUAAUAACAGUGUGUGCUUUAUGGCAUUUUAUUGAGAAGAAUUUUAGUCUUUAGACUUCACUGAUUCUCAGAGCUCGCAUGUUCCUGGUGGACAAAAUGUAUUCUCAAUAAACUGUCAUAAAUCACAGUGUUAUAUUAAGAGGAAAAUGUAGUAUUUUGUAGCUUAAAACAAUUUAGUGUUGCUAAGUUUCCCUUGUGUUAACUUAAUAACAGAUUGAAAGUGUAAGCUGAAUUUUGAGCAUGUCCAGUUAUUAAUAUAUUCAUUAAUGCUGCCUAAUAUGGCAUAAGGUCCAGGCUGCCUAAGGUCCAGUUGAAUUAUAAAGGUUUUGUAUUUCCAAUUUGCCCUAUAAUGUCUAAUCUAUCCUAUAUGAUAAGGUUUACCCUUUAAAGCCUAGGGCCCUAAGAAGCCUAGUCCCUCCCAUGCAGCUAUGGCGCCCUUGUAUAUAGUCCCUUAUGAUAUUCGUAGGAAGCACUAACCUGUAGGGGGUCAUACAAUGCCUGGAGAAAUAGGUAGCAAUCAGGUUUAGGCCAAGAAAAUGAAGGUCAGGUUCAGUUGCUUGGAUCAAGAGUUCUUCACCAGUAUCAAGACACAUCACCCAUUUCUUUAUGGGACAGGCUUGUUAAUGGGGUUUAAAGCCUAUCAACUACACUAGGGACAUUAAGGCUACAUGUAACCUUUUCACCACCAGACAAGAAUUCUUCAAUCCCUAAAACUGGGAUUAAACUCAGCAUAUAUAUGCUGAGAGAAAUAUACAUACCUCUGUGUAUAUAUAUUCUGUGCCCUCCAUGAACAGAUAAUGAUAUAAUUCAUUUACAGCUAGCCUAAUAGUCACAACAAGAGGGACUAUCACUGAAGGAAAAGUCCCUCGCUAUACAUAAAUCUUUUAAACCUUCAGAUUCUUCAAAAAGCGAGUCUUGAAGGCCACUGUACAUACUUAUGGUUACCAUGUAAAUAGAUCUUAGGGUUUUGGGGAUUAAUGGUAACGAAAUUAAAUUUUCCAUGUAUAACUUUGUGUAAUUAUUAUAAGAAGGCUUCACACGAGUGUACUGUGAAGCUUCAAUUACAUGGAAAGAAACUACGGCCCUUGGCGCCCCCAUAUACUCACCUUAAUUUACCUUGCAUAGAGAGCGAGUGUGAGUGUACUCACCUCUAUGUGGUUGUAGGGGUCGAGUUACAACUCCUGGCCCCACCUCUUUGCUGGUGUGUGUGUGCACACACAUGUGCGUUUUUUGUUUUUCUGGUUAGAAUGUAUCAGCUAAAAAAAAUUAUUGUAGCUGACUGUUAAUAAAUCUGUAGGAUAAUAUAUUAUUAAUAACAAAUAUAAUAUAUAUAUUUUUUUAAUUGGGGAAAAUGUUGAAUCCACAGAGAUCCAGAGAGCCUGAGGAACAAUGGGCAAUCAGGUUUGUUCAAGGAAAGGGAUAACUCCAGUUCCUUGAAUCAAGAGCUCCUCACUGAUGUUGAGGUAAUGAUUUUGAAAUUAGAUAGCAACAGGUUCUGAUGUUAGACGGUGAGAGAUUUUGAAGUUAGCAACAAGUUUUGAUGUUAGAUGGUGAGAGAUUUUGAAGUUAGCAACAGGUUUUGAUGUUAGAUGGUGAGAGAUUUUGAAGUUAGCAACAGGUUUUGAUGUUAGAUGGUGAGAGAUUUUGAAGUUAGCAACAGGUUUUGAUGUUAGAUGGUGAGAGAUUUUGAAGUUAGCAACAGGUUUUGAUGUUAGAUGGUGAGAGAUUUUGAAGUUAGCAACAGGUUUUGAUGUUAGAUGGUGAGAGAUUUUGAAGUUAGCAACAGGUUUGAUGUUAGAUGGUGAGAGAUUUUGAAGUUAGCAACAGGUUUUGAUGUUAGAUGGUGAGAGAUUUUGAAGUUAGCAACAGGUUUUUAUGUUAGAUGGUGAGAGAUUUUGAAACUGGACAGUCACAAGUUUUGAAGUUAGGCGAGAGAUUCUGAAGGUACUGUAGAUAGUAACUAACUGUUUUGAAGUUAGAUGGUGAGAUUUUAAAGUUGGCUGGUGAAAGAUUUUGAAAGUAAUGAAAAAUAUUAAAUAUUUCCACAUAACUGCCUUUGUAACUUACUCUGCUGUGAAAAUUACAGUAUCUAUGCAUUUUUUAAAUGUCCUUACCACUGAAAAUAGUGUCCAGAAAACAUGCAACACAGUGAACCAAAAUCAUAAAACAUUGUGGUUAAUACUUUAGAAAAAUUAGUGUCUGGAAACUAUGCAACACAAUUUACCACAAUUAUGAGAUGAGACAUUGUGGUUUAUAUUUUAGCAAAAUGUAAGUUUGAUUAUAAACUACUAAGUGUUGUGAUUUGUUGAAGUAAAUGCAAAUUUAAAAGAUUUGUUUUAAUAUGCUUAUCCUCAUGUGUGUUUGGUUGUCCAAAGGUCACUUCACAUAAUGCUUAGUAUAAAUUGUUUCAAUCAGGUGAGGAAGUGCUAAACCUGUAGGGAUGAUAAAUGGCAAGCCAUCAGGAUUGAUCCAAGGGAGGAUAAUUCCAGUUCUUUGGAUCAAGAGCUCUUCACCAGCAUCAAGGUGCCUCCUUUGAGGAGUUCAUGCUUAUAAUGACUAUGUGCUAUUGCAUAAGAAACAUUGCAAUUGUUAAACAACAGUUUAUUACAGCAACAGAAAAUACAUUUCCUAACUUGUGCAUGUGAAAUUUUAUUUGUUGUAGUGCAUGUCUGCAUGAGAAAUAAAUGAAAUUAUAUAAAUGGACUGUUACUAAGAGUGUUAAUAACUAGAGCGCAAUUUUAAUAUGAAAUAUACAAUUCUGUUAGAAUACAACUAUCAACAGGAUAUGAAAUACUAAGAAUUUAUAGGUCUCCAAAAGCUAGUUAAACUUUGUAAACAAUACUAGACUUAAUGAAGCACAAGGCUGAAAACUCGCUGUGACCAUAGUUUUCCCGGGAGAUAAUGACACACUCAUUUGUGUACCACAAGGAAAGUACAGUGGAUCCCUGCCUUACGAUAUUAAUCCAUUCCUGAGAGCUCAUCAUACGCUGAGAUUAUCUUUAGCCGAAUUAAUUUUCCCCAUGAGAAAUAAUGGAAAUCAAAUUAAUCCGUUCCUGACACCCCAAAGUAUGAAAAAAAAAUUUUUUACCACAUGAAAUAUUACUUUUAAUACACACAAACUGAAGAAGACAUGCACAAUUACUACUCUACUAAGAAUAGAAUACAUGACACGUACCUUUAUUGAAGAUCUGGUGAUGAUUGAUGGGAGGGGGAGUGUGAGGAAAGUUAUUGUUUAGAAGGGGAAUCCCUUUCCAUUAAAACUUGAGGUAGCAAAUUCUUUUCCGGGGUUACUUCCCUUCUUUUAAUGCCACUAGGACCAGCUUGAGAGUCACUGGACCUCUGUCACACAACAAAUCUGUCCAUAGAGCUCUGUAUCUCCUGUUCCUUUAAGUCUUUCCUAAAAUGGGCCAUAACAUUGUCAUUGUACAGGUUGCCAACAAGGCUUGCAGUAGCUGUGUCAGGGUGAUUUUCAUCCAUAAAGGUUUGCAGUUCAACCCACUUUGCACACAUUUCCUUAAUCUCUUUUUUCAAUUCCAUACUAAUUCUCGCCCCUUUUUACCACAGGGAUGGCACUAGAAGCUUUCUUGGGGUCCAUGGUGACUUAUUUUGCAGUUACAAGAACUAAAAACACUGGGAUAAUGUGAAAUGUACCGAAUGUAUCCGUAGAUGCGACCGCACUGGCUGGCUUGUAAACACUGGCGCUGAGGCCACAAGUGGGAUGCGUCCCGGACGAAUCACGUAAGGCGAGCUUUUUACCGUGAGGCGAGGCAAAAUUUUUGCGUUCAAAUGCUUCGUAUGACGGAUUUAACGUAACCCGAUGCGUUCAUAAGGCGGGGGUCCACUGUAUUAUGUAAGUUGUUUUAAGUGAGUUGAGGUGAGGAAAUACAAUUAUAUAAAUAAGAGGUUUGAAUAUAUAACCACUGCUUGAAACUACUACUACUUCUAUGCUCCUGUAUACUUGUUUGUGCAUAAUAAUUGCAGAUCUUCACUAUGUACUCACCGAGUUGUGUAUGCAGAGGUCGAGACUGCUCCUGGCUUAACUUCUUGAGGUGCUUGGCCAACUUCUACUGGACUCUAGCCUUCUGGGCCAGAGUACCUAUUUUUGAUACUGUGAAUGGAGGAAGCCACCACUGCCUCAUUUAAGUCAUUCUGCUUUUCAACCACCCUGAGACUAAAGAAAUGCUUUCUAACAUCCCUUUGGUUGAUCUGUGUAUAUAAGGCUGCAUGUUUACACAUUUCUGUGUAAGCACACAUGCAGUAAUGUACAAGUGUAUGUACGGGUGUGCCUUACAUUCACACAAGUCCAUUUGUUAACUACACCCACAAAAAAAUAUUAAAGUGAGGAAGAGCCAGAUCUGAAUGUGGGGAAGGUGCACGAGGUAGUGGGUUGAAUGAAAGAGGGUAACAGUUGGGAUUGAUGAGAUCAAAUCAUGGCCAUAUGUUAAAAGCAAGUGGGAAUUUAGUUUUUGAGCGGUUGGUGCAUCUGUUCAAUAAAUGCGUGAAAGGGGGAAGGUACAUAGGAUUAGCAGUAUGUGUGUGUGUGCGCAUAAUUCCUUCGUACAAAGUAAAAGGGGAUAAGCCUGUUGAGUAUACCAGUAAAAAGUACAGUAAUUAGUGAAAGAAUUGUGGAUAAAACAGAGAGCAAGAUUGCAGUUGAACAAGAUUUUAGGAACGGAAGGGGAUGUGUAGACAGAGUGCUUACAUUGAAGUUUAUAAGUAAGAUAAAGAUAAAUAAGUUUUUACUGCAUUCAUGGAUUUAGAAAAGGCAUAUGAUAAGGUCGACAGGGGAACAAUGUGGCAGAUGUUGCAAAUGUGUGGAAUAGGUGGUAGGUUACUUAAAGCAGUUAAGAGAUUUUACGAGGAUAGUGAGGCUCAGAUUAGGUUAUGUAGGAGACAGGGAGAUUAUUUUCCAGUAAAAGUAGGCCUUAGACAAGGGUGCGUGAUAUCACCAUGGUCUUUUAAUGCAUAGGUUGAGUUGUAAAAGAAGUGAAUGCUAGGGUGUUGGGAGGAGGUGUGAGAUUAAAAGAUAAAGAAUCUAAUACAAAAUGGGAGCUGUCAAAGACUUUUUUGCCAAUGACACUGUGCUUUUGUAAGAUUCUGAAGAGAAGUUGCAAAUGCUGGUAGAUGAAUUUGGGAGGGUAUGUAAAAUAAGGGAGUCAGAAGUGAAUUUAGGAAAGAGCAAGGCAAUGAGAGUAACCAAAAAUUCAGAUAAUAAAAGACUGGAUAUCAGAUUGGAAGGAGGGAGUAUGGAGGAAGUAAAUGUAUUCAUUUAUCUGGGAGUGAACUUGUCAACACACAGCUCUAUGAAAGAUGAAAGUAAACUACAGAAUUGAUGAGGGGAAAAAAAGGUGGGUUAUGCAUCUGAAGAGGAAUGUGUAUUACACAAGUGGUACCAACACUUAAUAUGGGUGUGAGGCAUGAGUUUUAAAUAUUGCAGCAAGCAGGAGGCUGGAGGCAAAAGAGAUGUCAUGUCUGAGAGCAAUGUGUGUUGUGAAUAUUUUGCAGAGAAUUCGUUGUUUGGAGAUUAGGAGGCAAAGGGUUAUUAAAAAUAUUACCUAGAGGGCUGAGGAGAGGUUACUGAGGUGGUUUGGAUAUUGAAAGAGGAUAGAGCAAAAGACGUUGACUUGGAGGUGUAUAAAUCUGUAGUGGAGAUGAGGCAUGGUAGGGGUCACCCUGGAAAGGUUGGAGGGGGUAAAGAAGGUUUUGUAAGCAAGGGGCUUGGACAUCCAACAGGCAUGUAUGUGUGUGUGUGUUUGAUAGGAAUGAGUGGAGGCAAGUGGUUCUGAUGACUUUAUAUGCUGUUGGAGUGUGAGGAAGGUAACAUUUAUGAAGGGAUUCAGGAACUCUGGUUAGUCAGACUUUAGGCCUGGAGAUGGAGAGUACAGUGCCUGCACUUGGAAGGGUGGGGAUAAUGCAGUUUGGAGGGACAUCUGGGCUGUAAUUUCAGUAUGCCUCUGGCAAGAUGGUGGAGUGAAUGAUGAUAAAAGUGUUUUUCUUCUUCAAGUCACCCUAUCUUUGUGGGAGACUUGACACAAAUAUCCCACACACAUUGGAGAACAAAACUAUCAACGUUUUGGCCAGAUCUGGAUCAUUAACUAGUUAAACGUGUCACUAGCUAAUGGUCCAAGUUGGACAUAAACACCAUCAAGGUUUCAUUCUCCUAUGUGUGGGUUAUUUGUGAAUUGUUCUAGUCAUGGUAUUAUGCCUUUAUAUUCUUGGUGGGAGACGACAGCUGGUGUGUUAAAAAAAUGAAAAUAGGUAUUUACAGUCUUGCAAAUGAACUUUUUUAUUUAAUACAUUUUAACAAGACUGGAUGUGAGAAGUACAAUGCCUGCACUCUGAGGAACAAGUUUGUAAUCUGAAUUGUGAUUUCCACUAGAGAAUGAGUGAUGGUGAAUCUGUUUUCUUCUUUAGGAUAUCCUAUUCUGGUGAGAAAUUAAUUCAUUAAAACAAUUGUCACAUGUAUGAUACUUUUUUCAG